CGAACAGACUACUGAAAAUCUCGUCAAGAAUUCCGGAUCUACGUUGAGGAAAAAAUAAGUUUACUCACCUACAUUCGCACUGUUUGAUGACUGCGAGGAAAAAAAAUAUUUGUUCUCAUGUAAAUUAUAUUUUGUGUCUUCGCGCCGUCUUCGUUAUCAGCACAAUAUUUAUCAUUUUAUCGAAAAUGCUCGUCAGUAUUAUUCCCAUGGUUAAAGUGACAACAAGCUGUUUUUCAUCAGGCGCAAUUUUUAAUUAAAUUUGCUCAAAAAUCAUCAAAAUGUACAAUAACGACAUCGUUGGAAGUCGCGAAAAAAUCAGCGAAGAGAGAAAUUCGAGAUCAAUAAUUAAAGGAGUUCGAAGUCAUAUGGCAAUAAUUAUUUUAGGAUUAAUCACAAUUAUUGCCUUCACAUCGAUGAACAUCUAUUUAAUGACCCGCGGAGAUGGCAUUGAAAAAUCAGGAGAGAUUCAAAUCGAAGAAAUAAUUCACACAAUGCCUGAAAAGGAGCUUCGUAUCGUUAAAGCAGCUGAUUUUCUUCAAAUCAAACCUUCAAACCUGCCAAAACUCUCAAAACCCGUGGAAAAAAUCGUAAUUGCUCACACAAACAGCGUUCCGUGCUUCACUGAAGAGGAUUGCGAACGUCAAGUGUCCUUUUUGCACGCUUUGUUUACGGAAUUCAAACAAAAAAUCAACAUUCCCUUCAAUUUUUUGAUCGGCGGCGAUGGAAAAGCUUACGAAAUUUCAGGUUGGAACUCACAAGCUGACUCUUCCCUUCAACGAGGCUACGACAAUCAGACCGUUUACUUAUCAUUUAUCGGCAAUUUUGAUAAGAUAAUUCCGUCAAUAAGACAGUUGAGUGUCGCAAAACUGCUAAUUAGUGAGGGCUUAAGCAACAAUUACAUCAAAGACAGUUACAAACUCUUCGGGCAAUGUCAAUUGAUGGGAAGUGUGUCGAGUCCCGGACCUGCGUUGUAUCAAGUAAUCCAGCAAUGGCCUCAUUGGCAAGCGGAAAAUUAAUUUAAAAUGUGAUAAGUGACAAUAAAUUUAGAAAUUUAAGCAAUAAAAGACAUUUUUUUUGACUUUUAACGUUUAUUAA